GCCCCGCAAUUUCAAAACCCCCUCCGUAUAUAUCUCUUUCCCCUCGCAUUCGCACGCCCCGAUCAAAUUCCCCAAUAUCUCCCGAUCGAUCUGCAAAACCCUAGCUAGUCCCCUUCUUCUUCUUCCCCACCAGGCCAGUACGUACCCCGGCCGUGGCGAGCAGCCCGAUGGAGUCGGACGAGGAGUGGGUCGUCCUCUGCCCCGACAACCCCGCGGACUCCUCCGACGACGACCGCGGCGUCCUCGCGCUGCCCGCCUCCUGCUUCUCCUCCACCUCCUCCGAAGACGAAGACGAAGACGGCGGCGGCGGAGAUGAUGAUGAUGUUGAUGACGAUGAGGAGAUCGGCGGCGGGGAGGACGAGGAGGACCCGUACGGCGUCGACGAGGACGACGACCAGCCGCGGCGCCCGCCGCCUCGGCCGAUCUCGGGCAUGUUCCACCACACCCCGUCGGGCUCCCCCGCCUACUUCGCCUUCGACCCGCUCCGCACCGCCAAGCAGCUCAUCCCGGACCCGGCCUUCGCGGUGCUCCCGGAGCCCGCCACGGUCCUCGCCUCCUCCUGCGGCCUCGUCUGCCUCCGCGGGGACGCCACGGGCUUCUACUACGUCGCCAACCCGGUCACCUUCCAGCGUGUCCGCCUCCCCUACCCGACCCGCGACCACGCCCGCGACGCCGCCCCGGCCGCCGUCAUCGCCUUCGACUCCGACUCCCCUUCCCUCGACGCCUUCCACCACGACGCCUUCCGGUUCAGUCACUACCACGUCGUCGUCGCCUACCAGGUCGCCGACGGCGUCUGCGCCUUCGAGACCUUCUCGUCCCGCACAUGGGACUGGCGCGUCGCCGGCGACGUCUGCGCGCCCGAGACCGUCGUCGCGGCCUCCGGCGUCGGCGCACUCGGCCGCGCAUUCUGGCGCACCACCAUCGGACACAUCCUCUGCUUCGACCCUUGCUCCGGCAGCGCUGAUCUGAUCCCAGCCCCCGAGGAGGUGGAGUCCCGCCCGCUCUGGGAGAUCGGCGAGAUGGAGGGCAGCUUCUGCGUCACCUGCAUGGACGAGGGCGUCACCGAGGUCGCCGCGCUCUACAUGGUGCCGGACCCCCGCGGCGGCGAGCCGGCCUGGGUCUGGGCCGGCCAGUUCGACGGCGAGAACAUGCUGCGCCAGCACGAGGAGAUGCAGCUCCUCCGCUCCCAGGGCGCCGCCGAGGUCGUCAUGUGGGAUCCCCGCGAAGAGCUCGUCAUCGCCAUGGACUUCGACGGCAAAGCCACGCGCACCAUCGGCCCGCUCCACGGCGCCAAGUACGGCAAGUACCACACCGAUUUCAUCCCCUACGUCAACUCACGCACGGAGAUCUACAACAGUGAUGAUGUGGGGUCUGUUUUCAAGACCAACGACGAAGCUGUGACAUUCAGAGUUCCGCAACCAUCAGUCGAAGCAUACUGAGGCUUCCACUAAAUAUCUGCACCACAAAAGGAAGGAUUUGUUGAUGAUAGUGCAGUAAUAACACCAGCUUUUCAGAUCUGUGCAGCAUAACGGAGAAGCUAUACACGAUUCUUCCGAUGGCUGUUUUUGCCUGCUUGAACCUACAUAAGCAAAUCUCUUGCGGUUUUUUUCUAGUCACACGAAGCACGUUCUAUUCUCGUUAGGCCUUUUUUUUUGUCUGCCAUGUACAAACUUAGAUUGCAGACUUGCCCGUAUUUCUGUCGAACACUUAGUCCAAACUGGUUAGCAGCAGUCCAGGUGGUUUGGUUGAGAACCUGACUGGGGGACUCUCCCAUGUGUGCUAAACGUUUUUGUUCUGAACUGAAAAAACUAGUAAUAUCUUGGCAAGUUUACUGCUGUUUGCGGUUCCAAAUUGA